AGUCAAAAAAAUAAGUUUAGGAUGACAAAGCAAGAAUUAAAUCGUUUGCAAAACUAGCACAAUGUAGAGUUUCAACUGAAGAGUUUAAUUUUUACAAAUGUUCUAAGCAUUUUAGACGUCCCCUUGUUAAACAUUUUCUUCUCUGAGAGAGUCUUAUGACUGUGAGCACCCAGCCAGGUGAGACAAACCCUCAAACAGGUCAAACACCAUGAGAUUUGAAGAUCUGCUCUCGGAGCUCAAUGGCUUCGGCAGGUUCCAGAAGAUGGUCCUGUGCAUCAACUUCUUGGGUCGAUUUAGUCUCGGGUGCCACUUCCUAUUAGGCAACUUUAUCGCCGCCAUCCCAUCUCAUCACUGCAACAUCAGCUCUUUGGAUGUUGACGGCGUCUUUGAGAAUCUAUCUCAGGAGGAGAGACUGACUGUUGGUGUUCCAGCACAGGAAGACGGGACUCCUGCUUCCUGUCACAUGUUCUCUCAUCCUCAGUUUCAGCUGCUGAUAAACUCGUCCAGCAGCUCAGAUCUUCCAGUAGUGGAGUGUCAGAAUGGAUGGCACUUUGAUAACAGCACCUUCAUCAGCACUCUCGCCACACAGUGGGAUUUAGUAUGUGACAAAAGAGCAUUGGGGAAAUUGACAACCACCAUCUUCUUCCUUGGGGUGAUGUUUGGUGCUGCUGCUUUUGGGAGCCUGAGUGCAAUGUUUGGACGCAAGCCAAUGCUGCUGGUGUCUUAUAUAUUAGGAAUGGGUUUUGGAUUAUGUAGCGUUUUGUCGUCCUCCCUCGUCAUGUUUGCAGUGUUGAGAUUUUUCUCUGGGUUCACCAUCACUGGCAGUGUCAUCAUCUCCACUGUACUCAAUGUGGAGUGGGUGAGCAUUGAGCACAGAAAGCUGGUCGGGGUGAUUGACAGCCUCGCUUGGACAUUUGGCUUCAUGGGCUUCCCUGUGAUUGCAUACUUCAUUCGAGACUGGAGAUGGCUAACAGUUGCCAUCUCAUUGCCCAAUGUUAUAUCCAUAAUCACUUGGUGGUGGGUUCCAGAGUCUGCUCGGUGGCUUAUAGUUAAUGGGAAGGCAGAUAAAGCUCAUUAUUAUCUCAAGAAAUGUGCUGCCAUGAACCACAAAAAGGAAGUUACAGCAAGAAUAAAACCUGAGGAUUUGUCAAAAAUUAUAGUUACUGAUAGAGGAAGCAGAAAAUAUUCAUACCUGGAUCUGGUCAGAACUCCUAAGAUGAGGAGACUUUCUUUACUUACAGGAAUCACCUGGUUUUCUGUUGCCACUGUUGCCUAUGGAAUUAGUUUCAACAUCACAGGCUUUGGACUAAACAUGUACCUCACUCAGUUUGUGUACGGAGCCAUUGAAAUACCUGCUAAAUUUUGCAUCUAUUACUUGCUGGAUAAAUUUGGAAGGCACGUGACUCAGGCUGGAUCACUACUCUUUGUUGGAAUUAGCUUCAUAAUUAACAUAUUCAUACCUAAAGAAAAAACGGUGAUUCGUACUGUGAUAGCCGUGCUGGGAAAAGGCUGUUCAGCCACGUCUUUUGGCACAGUUAUUUUGUACACCUCUGAGCUUUACCCCACAGUUGUCAGGCAAAAUGGGAUGGGCUACACCUCCUUUAUUGCCCGUUUCGGAGUGUCUGUGGCUCCUCUGAUCCUGCUGUCCAAUGAUGUAUGGAGUUAUUUCUCUCAAGUCAUCCUGUGUUUUCUGGCACUUUCUGCUGCAUUUGUGGCAUAUCAACUACCAGAAACGAGUGGAAAGUGUCUUCCAGAAACCAUAGACGAUAUUGAAGGAAUCAGGAAAGACAAGAAUGGUUUGCUACUACAAGAUCGAAAAAUGGAGGAAAAAGAUAACAUGGAGAAAUUGAAAGAUAAUUUAAUUGUGCAGAACACUUGAGUGGGCUUCUUUCAGAAUUCAGAACCCUAUUUAUAUUUAAGCAUUAAAUUAAAAACAUUGAUGCAAAGCUU